AUGCAGCCACUCCCCGAUACCGUUACUGUCGAGGUGGGGGACCGGGCGUGGUUCGAGUGCAGGGUGGCCACGUCCGCACUGGCGCAGCGGAUCGUCUGGCGCCACCAGAACACCAGCACCCGCGGCGUCAGCAAUUACGCGCCGAGGCACUUCGACAACGCCGCUGUCCUCUUCAUUCGCGAAGCCAGCCUCGACUCCGGCGGGACGGUCGAGUGUCUCCUGCCCUGUCAUGGCGGUGAUGACCUUUGCGUUGUGCGCACCUUCCACCUGCAGCCGACGCCGCGGAAGCUGCGCGCCAAGGACGUCUUCGUGCCGCCGAUGCGCAGCGUGACCGUCCACAACGGGAGCUUCUCCAUGACGUGCCGCGGCCGCUUCGACUGCAGCCAGACUCCGCCCGUGUCGCACUUCCUCUGGAAGUACGGCUACGGGAACUACGUCGUGGCGGCGCGCUUUUCCGCACUGCUGGGCGGGGACAUCCCCGAUCUGCUCAACGGCUCCGUCACCUCCGGUCGGCGCCAGGAGCGGCCGAUCCCUUUUGUUCCAGCACGCUGACCCUUACCGUGCGCGAAGAGGGCUACCCCGAUCCCUGGUCCAUACCGGUGCACUGCUGGAUCCGCACCCAUGUCCACGUACCACCAUCAGUGGUUUACCCAACACGCAUUCGCUCGUAUCACGCGACCUCUAUAGCCAGCCGUGGAGUGCCGCGAUUAAUUGUACUACAGGAAAAACUGUUUAUGGGAAAGAUUCUUCGAAAGAAUCUGAGUAUAACGAGGUCAAAGGGUCGUCCUGCCACGAGCGUAUGAAGGGAGUGAAGACGGAUGCCGGAUUUGGAGCAGGACGAAGCAAGAGUCUAUUUAAGCAUGAUUGUAUUCGACAACCACUUCCAGUCUGUAAAAUUAUUU